CGGACACACUCUGGCCCAACGUCAGCCGAGUCGUGUGGACUGCUCUUCACUGCUUCGUAUAAUUACCUACACCUGCCUAGGUAGCUGCCUAGGUAAUUAUAUAAAAGAAACGAAAUGAUCCCGCGUGAAGAAUAAUAGUUACCGCACGACAACAUCCGAGCCUACCUAUUCCCUAUUACUUAUUUAAUAACUAUUACCACCCCGUUGAACCGCAACUCGAUCGAAGGAGUGAAUAUCAAUAACCAAGUGCCCGUAAAACAUCAGCACCAUGGUAUCCCAGGCAACAUCAGCGCAACCUAAAAUCACGCUAUACUGGCUCAAUGAUUCACGUGCUCAACGCAUCGCCUGGCUGUUGGAGGAGCUUGGCCUCGAGUACAACGUCAAGGUCUUCUACCGUGACGCCGACAUGCUGGCUCCUGACGAGCUUCGGAAGGUUCAUCCCCUAGGAAAGUCCCCCCUCGUCAGCAUCGCUCUCCCGGACGACCACCCGGCGGACCCGGCCAAGCAGGAGAAACAUCUUGUGCUGGCCGAGAGCGGCCUCAUCGUCCAGUACCUCACCGAGCACCUGGGCCGCGACACCUCUCUCGCCCCGAAGCGCUACCGCGACGGGCGCGAGGGCCAGCUCGGCGGCGAGACGGACGAGUGGAUGCGCUACCAGUACUACCUGCACUACCCCGAGGGCAGUCUGAUGCCGCCGCUGGUGCUGGGCCUCGUCAUGCGUAUCUUGCACGGCCCUAAGGUCCCCUUCUUCAUCCGCCCCAUCACGUCGAGCGUGGUGGACAAGCUGUUUGCCGUCUACCUAGGGCCAGAGAUAGCCAACCACCUGGCUUUCCUCGAGUCCCAGCUCGAGACGUCUCCCGGAAACGGCCAGUACCUCUGCGGACCCAGCCUGACGGCGGCCGACAUCCUCAUGAGCUACCCCCUGCAGGCCGCCAAGCAGAGAUUCGCCCAGGUCACCGCCGGCAAGGGCAAGGGGACGUUAGGAGACAACUUCCCAAAGGUCUGGGCCUACCUGAAGCGGCUCGAGGAAGAGCCCGGGUUCAAGCGGGCCGAGGCCCGAAUCAAACAGGAGCUGGAAAAGAAGCGCUGAAUGCCAAGUGUCACUCACCCCGAGAUCGCCGGCGUUGUCCGACGAUUGCCUAUCAACGUUUCUUAAUGGCCUAGCUGUGUAUACCCGUCUCGAAUCCCCGCUUAAUCAACUAAUUAAUAAUUUUCAUUGACUAUUGUUACUAUCGCAAGUACGAAAGAAUACGGACGGACACAGUGGGCCCCCCCUUUGUAACUGGCAUGUCAAGAGAGACUUCGCUAAUUAAACCCCUUUCAUAAUAUGACAACUUGUCGAACCCGG